ACAAGGUGAAAAAAAUCUGUCUAUGUGCCCUUGAGCAAGGCACUCGACCCUAAUUGCUGCACGGUCGCCACUGAUAAUGGCAGACCCUGGCUGUGACCCCACUCUCCCAGAGUGUCUCAGGGUGGAGAAAAAAACAACACGUGUCCACAUCACACAUGCGUGUCAAACACAGGACAAGUAUAAGCACCCACCAAAUGAUUAUAAUACUUGCUCAGUUACAUCGACACACUUUGUUCAUCAACAUACUCGGUAAUUUCAGACGAUAAAAGAGCUCUCCACACCAAUCAAGAUACCGACAGACACCCGCACCAAAACCAACAGCAAGGGACGCACAAAUCCAAAAUGCCCCAGAGACAUUUCCACAACCAGACCAACAAAACCAGAUUGUUAGGUUUUCAGGGCAGAAUGAGCAACAGACCAGAACGGACCAAAAAGCUGUGAAGAAGAAGCCACCUAUCGUCAGAGCAAACAACAAACUCAUCCCCAGCAUCAGGUACAUCAUCCCCAGCAUCAGUGUUUCACCAGCAGGCUGUCCACAGCCCUCUGGAGCAGGGGGUCAGCAGCAGCAGCUCCAUCCCCUGUCAGAACUGUGGCAAGGCCUGCAAGGGAGAGGUGCUGCGCGUGCAGAACAAACACUUCCACAUCAAGUGCUUCGUCUGCAAAGUGUGUGGCGUUGACCUGGCCCAAGGGGGGUUCUUUGUGCGCCAGGGGGAGUACAUCUGCACCCUGGACUACCAGCGGAUGUACGGCACGCGCUGCUUCAGCUGUGAGGAGUUCAUCGAGGGAGAGGUGGUGUCGGCCCUGGGCAAGACCUACCACCCACGCUGCUUCGUCUGCGCCAGCUGCAAACAGCCGUUCCCUGCCGGUGACCGCGUGACGUUUAACGGUAAAGAGUGUAUCUGCCAAAACUGUACAGAGCCCCUGCCUGCCAACAGCCCUGCUCCCAUACAGGCUGUCCACAACUGCUGUGGCUGUGGGAAGGAGUUUAAGAACGAGCAGUCCCUGGUAGCGCUGGACAAACACUGGCACCUGGGCUGCUUCAAGUGUAAGGUGUGCAACAAGGUGCUCAACGCAGAGUACAUCAGCAAGGAUGGGAUCCCCUACUGCGAGGUGGACUACCAUGCCAUGUACGGCAUCCAGUGUGACAGCUGCAAGAAGUACAUCACCGGCAAAGUACUGGAGGCUGGGGAGAAACACUACCACCCGUCAUGUGCCCGCUGUGCCAGGUGUGAGCAGAUGUUUGGAGAGGGAGAGGAGAUGUACCUGCAAGGCAACUCUAUCUGGCAUCCUCCCUGCAGACAGGCAGCCAGACAAGAGGAGAAGAGUAAGAAGCAGGUCCGGAUACAGCUCAAUGACGUCUCUGAGCGGCAGGUGACCAGGACCUCCUCUGAGAGCAUCACCUCUGUCCCAGCCUCCAGUGCAUCUGGCUCUCCCAGCAGGGUCAUCUACGCCAAACUAGGAGAUGAGAUGCUGGACUACAAGGACCUUGCUGCUCUGCCAAAGAUCAAGGCCAUCUACAACAUCGACCGGCCAGACAUGCUCUCCUACGCUCCUUAUGUCAGCUACCCCUCAGAGGAACGACACUACGGAGAUGGCGACGGAGAGAAGUCUCCCCGUCAGAGGAGGCCCUCCAGCCCCAGCUCCAACAGCUCCCAGGGGAGGUAUGGAGGGUACACCCCAUCCCGCUCCCCCCAGAACUACAGCAGGCCAGAGGAUCUUUAUAUGGCCAGUAAAGCAAUGGGUAAUAGAUACAAUGGCCAGCCCCUUGACUCCAGCUCCCUCCCCCGCCCCUCGGCCUACACGGGGGGGCCUAAGUACCUCUCCCCCUUGGCUAGGGACUUCUCUUCCCUCCCCAUGCACUACUCAGAGGGCCUACCCCCCAAGUACCCUGGGGCGCUGCAAAUGCCUGGGGGGAUGACAGUGCCUGGCAGAAUCUCUCCCAGGGGCAGAGUCUCUCCUGGAGGCAGAAACUCUCCUCUGCCCCUUAACCCUACCACCCUGGCCAUGCUCCAGCAGCACAACUAUGUGCCCUACUUCAGAGGUAGUGAAAGUGGUCGGAGUACACCCAGUUUGUCCACCUAUUCCGACGGCAAAUCUCCCUCCUCCACCUAUGUGGCUGCUCCCAGGCAUUUCCACGUACCAGAGACUAAGGUCAAGAUAGAUAAUAUCUAUAGAAAACCCCCUAUCUACAAGCAGCAUGCCUCUAGAACAUCCUGGCCAGAAGGGGACGACGUCAAGACAAGGACCAGUUGGAUGAUCUUGAAGAGUGAGAUAGACGGCCAACCUCUCCCAGAGGACCUGCUGGACCCCAGGAAGUCCACCUGCAGCCUGCCCACUGAUGCCUCCCUGCCCAGCUUCCCCUACAGCAAGUCUGCUUCCCUGCCAGGAUAUGGAAAAAAUGGCAUAUACAAGGAGGUUGCCGACCAUGCUGAGGAUGAGCCAGACCAACAGGACUCCCACAGCUGGGGAGGAAUGAGAGGUAGGACCUAGAUCGCAAAUACUAGA